UGCGCCUGUUUGCAAAUUAGCUAGCCAGCAAGUCACGUAGCUUUGGUCAAAUCUUGUUACACAAAAUAAAUUUAACUUCAGUUUAAAGCUGGUUUUACUUCCAAUUCAACUUGCUGCGAAAGCGAAUACCACGCUACAGUUAUACAGGAUGCUUUCUGGCAGUCAAAAAUGAAGAUGAUGAUACCACCUGCAGUCCACCGGAAGGGUUUCGGCGCGCUAUCUGUCGGGUCAUCUGCAGGCAUUGUUGUAGCAGCAUGAAGUGCAGCAGGUACAUGUCCAGCUGGAAGAGGUUCGAGGUCUGCUGAAGGUCAUGACGGCAGAGGCAGAUGACCGAAUGAUGAGUGCAGAACUGGAAAAUAUCCUGCAUAUUAUACCGAAUCACAGCUGCACUCUGAGCACUCAACAGCAUUUGACAAACCAGAUCGAGCAUCUCAGAGGGGAGAAUCAGCAACUGAAGGCUGCAUUGAGACAGGCAGAGCUCAGACUCAGCAUAAUGGAAAGAGAGAAGGCCUGUCAGCAUGCUGCUCUCUCAGAAAAGAUCUGCAAUGUUGAUCAGCUUACUUUAGAGAAACAGCAGAUGACCGCUGAGCUGGGAGUGCGGCGUAUGCAGCUUACCCAGCUGAAAGAGGGACAGAAAGCUUUGAAAGAGCUGCUGGAACGAGAGAAGCUGCAACUCAAGACCCAGCUGAGGACUGUGCAGGCCGAGCUGGACCAGGCCAACAGUUACUUGAGAACACUGGAGGGAGCUGACGGGCAUGGUCUAAAGAUUGCUCUGGGGAUGCAGAAACAGAUCACUGCUAAGAGGGAGCAGACUGAUUUCCUGCGAAGCCGCAUUCAGCUGCUGGAGGAGAACAUAGAGAAGCUCAAGAUGGAGAAGCACCGUCAGGCGUUGCUGGUUAUGACGCAGACGCGAGAGCUGCUGUCAGAGAAGAAGAGCAGGAGAAGACUGGAGUCUGAAGUGGAGGCUUUGUGCUCACAAGAGCAAGAGCUCAAAGGCAAAGCUGAGAGACUCAAAGCAGCUUUAUACAAGAUGUCUGACAGUUUUGCUGAAUGCCAAGAAUUUAUUCAGAAGCAGGAGCAGGAUCUUAUGAAACUUAAACUGCAGCAUGCAUUAGAUUUAAAGGAAUUGAAAAGCCAGAACUUGCGUAACGUCUCCAGAUCUCCAGUCGGCAGCCAGACCCUACAGACUCAUCUUCCCCUCACUCAGCAUAACAUUAAUGGCCUAAUGGAGAUGAGAAUCUCUGACCCCAUUGUGGAGCUGAAGAGUUCUGUAAGAGAGCUGCGUGGUGGGAUUGCUGAAGAGCAAGGACCACACACUACCUUGAGCUUCAGGAGGAGACCUAAAGAAGACCACAAAUCUAGACAACCGACAGAAACUAGAGGUGCCAAAAGUACCAAAAGGUCAAUUGGGAGAACAACCAGUUACAGUGAGCCGGGAUCCUUCAGAAAGGCUGAACCUAAUAAGCACGAUAUCAACAGCCCUCUAUCAGCUGACAAUAAUGCAGUAAACCUUAUGACAGGACGCAGGUCUCCUGUGCAUCUCCUCCUCACUUCUGAUCUUCCCGCUGACGGAAACUGUUGGCUGAAGAUGGAGAGCCCUGUUAACGCUAAUCAGAUAUCUGCCAGCAAUCAAGACGAUCUCGCAGGAAAGGCAUCUCGGAAAAUGAAGACCGUAGAAGCUACCGAAGGAUGAUGGUCAGAAUGACACCGUUUUUGUUGUGACUGAGGCUGGCCUUUCUGAAGAAAUUUGACGCUCCAAUUCUGAGCAGUUGAAUAUGGAGUCGUCAAAACAGACAUAUAUCACUGUUUGCUUUCUUCAUUCUUUACUGCAAUAUUUGUCAGAGGAAUUUUUAAUGUAGAAACUAAAAACAUUUUUAUAACGGCCCCUGUAUGUACCAAAACAGUUCGUAACAUGCCAAUAAUAUUAAAAUACCAAUAAACUGAGGCCUUAUUUAAUGACAGUGGCAUUUCUAACC